AUGAAUGCUGAGGAACCAUUGCUUACUGGAGCACAUAGCCAUGAGCAAUAUAACUCUUUGGGACAUAAACCAAGUUCGCAAAAACCUGAUUUCGAUAUUACCCCGAAAUCAGAAUUAAGGUUCAUUCUUCGUUCUUCAGGUCCUUUAGUUAUAACAUUUUUCUUGCAAUACCUCCUUUCGGUGACAACUAUAUUCUCAGCUGGUAAAUUGGGUCCGAGGGAAUUAGCAGCGGCAUCAUUGGCCGUUUGUACUUUUAAUAUCACCGGAUUAGCAGUGUACCAAGGAAUGGCCACAAGUCUUGAUUCUUUCUGUUCUCAGGCAUAUGGUUCAGGCAAGUUGCAUAAUGUUGGAUUAUAUUUCCAACGAUGCUCCAUGAUGAUGAUGGCGAUUACUCUUUUUCCAUUGGUUUUUAUUUGGUGGUAUUCAGGGACACUUUUACAACACUUGGUACCAGACCCAGAAUUAGUGCAUUUGACUCAGACAUACUUGAGAAUAAAUGCCAUUGGAGCGCCAGGGUUGAUAUUAUUUGAGACUAGCAAAAGAUUUUUACAAGCACAACACUGUUUCAAUGCAGGUACAUGGGUAUUGUUAAUUGCAACGCCCCUUAACUUCGUUUUGAACUGGAUAUUAGUUUGGCAUCCUACUUAUGGUCUAGGGUUUAGUGGUGCACCAUUGGCAGUCUCGAUAAUUUACUGGUUUAUUUCGUUCAUGAUGUUGGCAUAUGUUUUAUUUGUUGAUGGAAAAAAAUGCUGGGGUGGACUUCAAUUAUACAAAGCGUGUAAAAACUGGUCACCGAUGCUCAAACUAGCCUUACCUGGGGUUGUUAUGGUUGAAGCUGAAUACUUAGCGUUUGAGAUUUUAACCAUAUUUGCAGCCUCUUUCGGUACUAAUGCAUUAGCAGCCCAAUCCAUUGCGUCCAACGCAGGAUCUUUAGCAUUUCAAUUACCUUUUGCUGUUGCCGUCGCCAUUUCAACCAGAAUCGGUCAUUUUGUGGGAAUGAAACAUAUUUAUGCUGCAAAGUUAGUAACCCGUAUAACCGUGAUUUUGUCAGCUUAUAUUGCAGCUAUUAACUUUUCACUCGUCUUUUUUGGUAGACAUAGUUUGGGUAAAUUAUUUACUUCAUCCCAGGAUGUAUUGAAGAUCAGUGACAAAAUUUUGAUAUUGGUCGCUAUCAACCAAAUUGCUGACUCUUUCAAUGUCUUGGGUGCUGGUAUUUUGAGGGGCCAAGGCAGACAAAGCAUUGGCUCAAUUUUGAAUAUGAUAUCGUAUUAUGUGAUUGCAUUACCCAUUGGAUAUGGUUUGGCAUUUAAAUUGGAAUAUGGUUUGUUCGGUUUAUGGACUGGUCUAAUUUUAGGUGUCCUCUUUUUAGCCAUUACAGAAUUUAUAUGUAUGUGUCGUAGUGAUUGGCCACGGAUAUUGGUAGAAUCAUAUGGCAGACACGAUAAUUAG